AUGGACGUGGAAACCGACACAAAUCUCAAACCAACCGACCAAAACGCCCAAGAUGCAGACGACCUCGCCGAAUUCGGACAUGAGCAGUUGCUCGCUCGCAAAUUCAAUAUCUGGAGCAUGCUAGCGUUAGCAUUCUGUGUGCUGGGAACAUGGUCAACUUUUGCACAGGACCUUUCUGACGGAUUGAUCAAUGGUGGGCCGGUUUCAAUUCUUUGGGGCUUAUGCCUCGUCACAUUCUGCAACACCUGUGUCGCUGUCUCGCUGGGCGAGAUCUGUAGCAGUAUGCCAACCGCCCUUGGCCAGGCAUAUUGGGUCUACCGCUUGUGGGACUCUCGCUUUGGUCGAUUUUUGUCGUACAUGUGUGCCUGGAUCAAUGUGUUUGGAUGGUGGACAUUGGCGGCAUCCCAGGUGGCAUUUAUGACAAAUUUCCUCUUGGGUAUGAAAGUCAUGUUCUAUCCCGAUUGGACAGGUGCGUCGACUGGAUGGCUGGAAUUUGUUGUCUAUGUCGGGUGCGUUUUCGUCCUCACUUUGAUCAAUGUUUUGGGUUGUCGAAGAGAGAAGUUCCUGCCAUGGCUUAACAAUUUUGUUGGAGUUUGGUUUUUCGGACUCUUUUUCGUCUUUUGUCUUGCCUUGCUUAUCUCUGUGGGCACAAAAGACGGCCUUGCUUUCCAGCCUGCCAACUUCUCGUUCGGAAAAUGGAUCAACCAAACCGGAUGGCCUGACGCCGUUGUCUGGUUCAUUGGACUCGUGCAGGCUGCUUACGGCCUCACUGCUUUCGAUGCUGUGAUCCACUUGGUGGAGGAAAUCCCGGCUCCUCGCAAGAAUGCUCCGAAGGUAAUCUAUCUGGCCGUUAUUUCCGGAGCCGUAAGUGGAUUUAUUUUGAUGAUGGUCUGCCUUUUCUGUAUCCAAGAUGUAAACUCAGUGGUGAAUUCCGCCAGCGGCUUACCAUUCAUGGAACUUGUUCAGCAAACUGUCGGCCAAACGGGCGGCGCAGUACUCAUUGCUUUGUUCAUUACAAAUGGCCUUGGUCAAGGAAUCAGCAUUGUGACCACGGCCUCCCGGUUGACGUGGGGCUUCGCUCGCGACGGCGGACUUCCAUUUAGCACAUAUCUGACCGAAGUCAGCCCAUAUUGGAAAGCUCCCGUUCGCGCAUUAUGGUUCCAAGGAGCGAUCAUCGCUCUGGUAGGAGUCCUCUUUUUGUUUGCGCAAACCGUACUCAACGCUAUUCUCAGCGUGAGCACUAUUGCGCUGACGAUUUCAUACGGUCUACCCAUUAUGACAUUGCUAUUGAUGGGUCGCGACAAGCUUCCGCACGGUGGUCAGUUCCAUCUUGGUAGAUUUGGAGCCCCCGCAAACUGGGUUUCUCUGGUCUACUGCUGUGUGACGACCGUGUUCUUCUUCUUCCCCAGUGCACCUAAUCCAUCUGGCGGCGAUAUGAACUACGCCAUUGGUGUCUUUGGCGUUAUGCUUGUCAUUGCUGUGUCGUUCUGGUUUAUUCAAGGCAGUCGGACUUAUUUGAAUACCGAAGAGUCGAUGCCGCAUGUUAUCCAGGCACACACCGUCGCCAACGAGCCGACUCCACCUGAACCAAAGAAAUUGGAUCGAUGA